AAGUAGAUCAGUUUAGUUCAGUUUCAGAAUUCGCAAACGACACAAAAAAAAGAAAAGCUUAAAAAGAGAUACCAAAUCCAAGUCAGAGACUUCACUAUCAUUAUUAUAUAUAUAAAGCCUGAUUUAGUAAAGAAAUCCCCGUGAUCGCUGUUCGCAUUUCUAAUGCUCGUCUGGAACGAUAAACAGGAUACCAACUUUACCUUCAUUUGAGGUCCUUGCUUCAGCCAGAUAUAGGAACAUAUUGGACACACACACACACACGGAGCAUAUAUCCUAUCAUUUUGUGGAAUUUUGUUUGUUGUUUUUUUUUUCUUGUUUCCCAAUUGUUUUCCGGAAAAGGCCUGCCUGGUGAUAAUGCCCAGCAGUGUUGCCAACGAGAGUCAGUUUCGAUUCCAAAGCAGUCGCAGCAGCCGCCAAUCGAGCUGUUCCAAUCGAAGUGAGCCAGGUGCCACCACGCCCACCAGCGAUGUGGUGGACAAGGCACUGGCCGAGCUGCAAUUGCAGUCAUCAUCCAAGACGGAGAUCCUUGCGGCCACCGUUCACAAGCCUCAGCGUUCCGGAUGGCAAAUUAAGCCUUCGACAUUAUCAUUAAACACACACAAUCGUAUCCGGAAUAUUGUCGAGUCCCUGAAGAUUAAACCGAAUCCAGAGAAGCCCAUGAUUCCACUUUCCAUUGGUGAUCCCACAAUCUUUGGCAAUCUCAAGGCCGCUGAUGAAACCAUGAAGGCGGUUCUUCAUUCGGUGGAAAGUGGCAAAUAUAAUGGUUAUGCUCAUACACAAGGACACGAGGCAGCAAGGAAGGCAGUGGCCAAAUAUAGUGCCCAUCAGCGUCCGGAUGGAGAGAUUGAUCCCAUGGAGGUGGUCCUUUGCAGUGGCUGCUCCUCGGCUUUGGAGUACUGCAUCUUGGCCUUGGCUGAUCGGGGUCAGAAUGUGCUCGUACCCAGGCCAGGAUUCUGUCUUUAUCACACAUUAGCCGAGGGUCUGGACAUCGAAGUGAGGUACUAUGACCUUUUGCCUGACCAGCAAUGGCGAGCCGAUCUUGUCCAGCUGGAGAGCCUGAUUGAUGAGAACACAGCCGCCUUGCUGAUUAAUAAUCCAAGCAAUCCCUGUGGCAGUGUCUUUGAUGAGAAGCAUCUCCGUCAACUGAUUGCCAUUUGUGAGCGUCACUAUUUGCCUAUUAUAGCAGAUGAGAUCUAUGAACACUUUGUUUUCCCUGGCUCCAAACAUUUGGCUGUGAGCAGUCUUACUAAGGAAGUGCCUGUACUCUCCUGCGGUGGUUUGACCAAACGUUUCUUGGUUCCUGGCUGGCGAAUGGGUUGGAUUAUAGUUCAUGAUCGGAAGGAGCGUUUGGUGGAUGCUUUGGUGGGUCUAAGGAACAUGUGUGGCCGCAUUUUGGGCUCGAAUACACUUAUUCAAGGAGCAUUGCCUGAGAUCCUGGCCAAGACACCGCAGUCUUACUUUGAUGGUGUCGUUGAUGUUUUACAUGCUAAUGCCACUUUGGCCUACAAAAUGCUAAAGCAAGUGCGUGGCCUUAAUCCCCUGAUGCCCAAUGGGGCCAUGUAUAUGAUGAUUGGUGUGGAUAUUGAACGCUUUCCGGCCUUUAAGGAUGACACACAUUUUGUCCAGGAACUGGUCAAUGAGCAGAGUGUCUUUUGUCUACCCGGAAAUUGCUUUGAGUAUCCUGGUUAUGUGAGGAUUGUGCUCACCGUUCCCAAGGCCAUGAUUGAGGAGGCCUGCUCCAGGAUAACCGAAUUCUGCGAUCGCCAUUUCAAAAAGGAUACGCGUGCCUUCAUUGAGCAUGGAUUGCUGGAUGAAGAGGAUCUCGCUUUUGAGCUGAGCUGGGAGCAAAACCUUUAUUAGAUGAUCUAGACUACAAUUUUUAUAUCAAGUGUACAUAAGAAUAUAUGUAUAU